AUGUCGCUGGCAAGAUCACACGCCCGAAAGAUGAAGCCUGCGCUCCAUGUGCAGCUCAACUCUGCACCAGCCAACUCGGCCUCACCUUCACCAGCACCUCUUCUGAACUCAAGGCCAUUGAUGGAUUAUCUGGAACGGAACCCAAGGGACCCCGCGCGCGAGAACCAAUUCUCGGCAGCUUCAGGAGCGGAUCGCAAUGCUCGAUCGAUGAGAGGAAUCCCUGAGACCCCCAAUGGCUCGCGAGGACCCGAUCCAUUAAUGAACUACACUCUUCGCCCAGAGGACAUGAUGACGAUCAAAAAGCUUGGCGAGGGUUCGGCAGGAACAGUGAGCAAGGUCAAGCAUGUACCAACUGGAUUUGUUAUGGCGCGAAAGCAUGUCCGCUGUGACCCUAACCCAGAUUUUCAGAGGCUACUGGAGCGAGAGUUGAAGACCUUGGACCGGUGUCAUUCACCAUGGAUCGUGACAUUCUACGGCGCCUACAUGGACGGAGACGAACUCGCUAUCUGCAUGGAAUAUUGCGAAGGUGGAAGCAUGGAAUCAGUCUACAAGCAUGUCGCUGAAAAGGGGUCAAGCAUCUCGGAGAACGUCUUGGGCAAGAUUAGCGAGGCCGUUCUCAAUGGCCUCGUGUAUCUACACAAGAUGCACCAUGUCAUCCAUCGAGACCUAAAGCCGUCGAAUAUUGUGGUAACCAUGGAAGGCAACAUCAAGCUUUGCGACUUUGGUGUCAGUGGCGAUCUGGUCAAUUCUCUGGCAGAGACGUUUGUUGGAACAAGUUAUUACAUGGCCCCUGAACGUAUUCAGGGUGGCAAAUACCCAGUGCAGUCGGAUGUCUGGUCGCUUGGACUGACGAUGGUGGAGAUCGCACAGAUGAAGAACCCCUUCCCAAGCAACCUUGCACCCUUUGAGCUGCUGCACUACAUUGUCAACCAGCCCGUGCCAUCUCUACCGGAAGAUGAGCCUUGGUCCGCGGCAUUCAGGGACUUUUUGAGCCAAUGCAUGAUCAAGGACUUUAUGAAGAGACCCACGCCGGAGCAGAUCAUGGAGCACCCGUUCAUUGUCGAAUCAUCAAUACGCACACCUGAGGAUGUGAACAUGCGGGCCUGGAUCCGUGACGUAUGGGACUAUGCAGACAGUGCCACCGAGCCAUCGAUUCCUCAAGCCAUCUAG